AUGGGGGUGUCCGACCUCGACCGGCAGAUCGAGCAGCUGCGGAGGUGCGAGUACUUAAAGGAGUCAGAGGUGAAGACCCUUUGCAACAAGGCACGGGAGAUCCUCACCGACGAGAGCAACGUCCAGCAGGUCGAUGCGCCCGUCACGAUCUGUGGUGACAUACACGGGCAGUUCUACGACCUCGUUGAGUUGUUCAAGGUCGGUGGGGACUGCCCAGACACCAAUUAUCUUUUCGUCGGCGAUUUCGUCGACCGUGGAUUCUACAGCGUGGAGACGCUGUUGUUGCUCCUCGCGCUGAAAGUGAGGUACCCCGACCGAAUAACGCUCAUCCGUGGCAACCACGAGAGUCGCCAGAUCACGCAGGUGUAUGGCUUCUACGACGAGUGUUUGCGCAAGUAUGGGAGCGUCAACGUCUGGCGAUACUGCACCGAGAUUUUCGACUACCUGAGCUUGGCUGCUCUCAUUGAGGAGAAAGUUUUCUGUGUGCACGGUGGUCUGUCACCGUCCAUCAACACCCUGGACGACGUGCGCCAAAUCUACCGGAAGCAGGAGGUGCCGCACGACGGGGCGAUGUGCGACCUGAUGUGGUCCGACCCAGAGGACCUCGAGGGCUGGGGCCUGUCCCCCCGCGGCGCGGGCUACCUCUUCGGGGGGGACAUCGCGAGGCAGUUCAACCAGGCGAACGGCGUCGAGCUGAUCGCGCGGGCCCACCAGCUGGUCAUGGAGGGGUACAAGUGGAUGUUCAACGAGGCGCUCGUGACGGUCUGGUCUGCCCCCAACUAUUGCUACCGGUGCGGCAACGUCGCGGCCAUCCUCGAGUUCGACGAGAACUUGAAGCGGCAGUUCAGGAUCUUCGAGGCGGCCCCCGCGGAGGUGAGAGGCGUGCCGGCCAGGAAGUUGGUCCCUGACUACUUCCUGUGA